CUUGCUCUGCCACCCGCCGCUCGGAGCCUUCCUCCCGUCAGCCUAAUCCUCCCUGGAUCUUGGCUGGUCGAUCCUGCCCAUGGGCGUGUGGCUGGACCGCCCGACACCUCAACUCCGGCGCCAACAGACCUGCCAUCCUGCUCACUUGCCCGGGUCUCCUGUCCGCUUCAGUGCAACGACCUGCAGCAGCUCUCCCCUGGACUGGCUUUACGGAGAUAAGGCAAAAAUGACACGAGAUAAGAGCUGGAUGGACAGGGAAAGAAACUCUGUUGAGUGGCAAACUGGCAUGAAGGAUUUCUUGAAUUUUGCCUUCGAUGGUGCUCACCCAGACUCAACAGUCCCAUGCCCAUGUAGGAGAUGUCUCAAUAAUGUUCCGAAAACGAAAAAGGAAGUUCAUACUGACUUGCUGUUCAAUGGGAUGGAUCCAACCUACACUCACUGGAUAUACCAUGGUGAACAAUCCGAUGAGGGAAGCAUGUCUGAAGAUUCUGAUAAUGAAGACGCUGUAGAUGAUGGUGCUGGGGUAUGUGACAUGCUCAAUACUCUCAUAAGGGGCGCAAACAUGGAAAGCAAUGCUGACAUUGGUGAAGGUGCGGGAGACAUUCAUGUGGAUGCUUCCAGCAGUGAUGAAAGGAGCCAGGAGCCAAAUGCAACAGCCAAGGUCUUCUUCGAACUAUUGAAAGAGGCAAAAAAAGAGUUGUACCCAGGUUGCAAGGAUUUCACGAAGCUAUAUUUCAUUGUGAAGCUUUACCAAAUCAAGUGUGUGUCUGGGAUGACCAAUAGAGCAUGUGACUUAGUUCUGCAGAUGUUCACACAGGUGUUGCCAAAGGGUCACUGCAUUCCUACUAAUCUCGCUAAAGUAAGGAAGGUGAUCCGAGAUCUUGGGUUGGACUACAAGAAGAUACACGCGUGCGUUAAUGAUUGUGUGCUAUUCCGUAAUGAACAUGCUGAUGCAGAAGAAUGCCCUGUCUGUCAUGCAUCUCGAUGGAAAUCUACUCCUGCUACUGACGAAGACAAUGCAUCAAGUCGUAAAUCAAAGAAGCUAGUGCCACAGAAAGUUCUAAGGUAUUUCCCGCUCAUUCCAAGACUGCAAAGGCUAUACAUGACAGAACAUAUGUCAUCACAUAUGAAAUGGCAUAAGGAGGGUCGGGUGGAUGAUGGCGUAAUGAGGCAUCCUGCAGAUUCCAAGGCCUGGAAGCAUUUUGAUAAGAAAUAUUAUAAGAAAUUCUCAAAAGAUGCUCGCAGUGUUCGGCUUGGCCUUGCUUCAGAUGGAUUCAACCCCUUUGGGCUCAUGAGUAUAUCACAUAGUACAUGGCCUGUCAUUCUUAUUCCAUAUAACUUGCCACCUUGGAUGUGUAUGAAACAAGAAAAUUGGAUUAUGUCAAUGAUUAUUCCAGGACCAAAGUCACCAGGAAAUAACAUAGAUGUGUACUUGCAACCCUGGAUUGAUGAACUGAAUGUUCUAUGGGAGGAUGGUGCUGAGACAUAUGAUGCUGCAACUAAAAAAAAAUUCCAGAUGUAUGCAUGCUUGUUGUGGACCAUUAGUGACUACCCAGCUUACGCAAUGCUGAGUGGUUGGAGCACAAAAUGCAAGCUAGCAUGCCCGUAUUGCCACAAACAUACAGAUUUUUUAUGGCUCAAGUAUGGUCGAAAGCAUUGCUACAUGGGACAUCGACGUUUUCUGCCUAGGACCCACAAAUGGCGUCGAAACAGGUGUUUGUUCAACAACAAGGCAGAUAAUAGAGAAGCUCCAGUGGCACUUACAGGUGAGCAAGUUCUGCGGGAACUUGAUAGCAUUCAGCAUGCACCAUUUGGACGGUCAAAUAAGAGAAAGCGACCGGAAACUAGUAGCUGGCAUAACUGGCAGAAGAAAAGUGUAUUUUUCCAGCUCCCAUAUUGGAAGAACUUGCUCGUAAGGCACAAUUUGGAUGUUAUGCACAUCAAGAAGAAAAUUUGUGACAACAUUGUGGGGACUUUGCUUGAGAUGGAUAAGAAAUCAAAGGAUGGUGUGAAGGCUCGUCUUGAUUUACAGGAUCUAAAAAUUAGGAAGGACCAGCAUCCAAAGCAUGGUAAGCAUAAGUAUGACAUAAAGAAAGGUUGCUAUACUUUAAAAAAGGAAGAAAAGAUAAUGCUCCUCAAGUUUCUGCAGAGCAUUAAGAUGCCUGAUGGCUAUGCUUCACACAUUAAGCGAUGUGUAGCCCUCGAUCAGUGCAAGAUUAGUGGACUCAAAACUCAUGACUGUCAUGUUAUAUUUCAGAAACUUCUUCCUAUUGCAUUGCACAAGCUUUUGCCAGAGAAUGUUGUUAACCCAUUGCUUCAGCUGAGUAAAUUAUUUUCUGAUUUAUGCUCCAAGGAGUUAAGGGAUGAAGAUUUGGAGAGAGGCCCGAUUGGGAGGGCCUGUCUUGUACAGAUGGAUGUAUCCAAUUGA